UCUAGAGGCUUGUGCUUUUCCUUUCCCCUGCUCUAUACAAGUUUUUUCCCCUGUUUCCUCUGGUCCAGCGCAGAGGAAAGAGUAACUCAGCCUCAGCAUUUCUCUUCCUUUCCAGCUGCACCGUGCCAGGGUCUUCCAGGGCCAAAGUUGGCACUAUAGGGAUCUCUUCUUUAAAUCGCUCCAGCUGUAGGCGGACUGCCUGCAGUCCAAUCCGCGCUCCAGAGCUCCCAGCUUUUGGAUUUAAGGUAGCUUGCCCCCUCCCCAGCCAGAAUUUUGCUAUGUUUGCCAGGACUGCACUUUCUUUUGCUCUGUGGCUGCAGGUCGCUCGGGGACAGAGUAUACCUGAGAAAGGUCCCCAGCCCUUCAUCCCGGACUUGGAGGGGGACAUCCUCUUCCUGCUGGACAGCUCUGGCAGCGUCUCCUACUACGAGUUCUCCAAGGUCAAAGAGUUCAUCAGGGACCUCCUGCGACCCUUCACCUUUGGCCCCCACGACGUCCAGACCAGCAUCAUCCACAUCAGCACGGUGCCCACCAUAGAGUUCCCCUUCGACCGGUACCCGUCUAGUGAGGCGGUGCAGCAAGCCAUCCGAGGCACCCAGCAGCUCAUGGGGGACACCAACACGGGCAAAGCGCUCUCCUUCGCCAAGGAGAAGUUCUUCACGGAUGAAGCCGGCUCCAGGCCCGACGUGCCCAAGGUGCUGGUGUGGGUGACAGAUGGCUUCUCCACUGAUGACAUCUCCCCCCCCAUGCAGCUCCUGAAAGACAUGGGGGUCACGGUCUUCAUCGUCAGCACGGGGCGGGGGAACUUCCUGGAGCUCUCGGCAGCUGCGAGCCAACCACCGGAGCAGCACCUGCACUUCGUGGAUGUGGACGACCUGCCCAUCAUCACCAAGGAGCUAAGGGAUGCCAUCACAGAGGUUAUCCGAGCCACGCGACUGCGUGCCGUGGACAUCACCUCCAGUAGCUUCCGCCUGAUGUGGCCCAAGCUUCUCUCCAGCGGUACCGGCUAUUACGUGCUGGAGCACACCCCUGCAGAGGAGCCCAGGAGGAAGCUGACGCAGCAGGUGUCCGGGGACCGCACCAGCCUCCUGUUGAACGACCUUGCCCCAGAAACCACCUACAAGGUUGUGCUCAUCCCCGAGUCCAACACACACUAUAUCCCGCCGCAGACCACCAGGGUCACCACUCUGCAAGAGGAAAUCAGCCCGAAUCGGAUUGUCAUCUCGGAGUCCACGCCGCACAGCUUCCAGGUCAGCUGGUCCCCCACGCCAGACAGCGUGGUCAGCUAUCAGGUCCUGUACGGACCGCUGCCCGGGAAUUCAGCCAAACUUCUGGAGGUGGAUGGGAAGCAGAACAGCACCGUGCUGGAAAACCUCACGCCCAACACAACCUACUUGGUGACAGUGGCGGCCAUCUAUAAGUCGGGGAAGGAGCGAGCCCUGUCAGCCAAAGCGUGCACUCAGGGAGAGGGCUCCAAGGUGAAGCACUUGCGCUUUGAAGACAUGGGCCCUAACACCCUGAAGGCAUCCUGGGACUCUGCUGAUGGGAAAGUCCUUGGCUACCGUGUGAGGUGCCGGCGGCAGACGGGCCCCUCGUCUCUCAUCAGCGUCUCGCCUCAGGUCCACAGCGUGCUCCUGACAGACCUGGCCGCAGGCACCACCAACAAAGUGUGUGUGAAACCCAUGUACAAGGACCAGGCGGGGAAGGGGCUGUGCCGCAUGGUGCACAUGCAGCCUGCUACAGAAGCACAAGGAUACACGCGCAGGCGGAGAGCGUGAUGGACCCCGGACUGCACCGUUCCCCUGCAGAGCAAGGGGAAAGGAUCAGACAAGAAUGACUGUGCGUGGUGGAGCCCCACACGUCGCUCCCCUCCUGCAUUGUCCCUCGAGGUGUGUCAGCCCCCCUAGCUGUAGCCAAGCCCAGCGGGCUCCUGAAACUGUAAAGCACUCCCAUACCUUACAAAGCGGCUCGGCAGGACAGAGCAAGCAGGCUGGUGGAUGGAUUUGAACCAUGCAGUGCUCUGGUUAAACAAUGUGCUAGCCCCCGUCCCCUUUCUUCUGUAUGAAUUAGCAAUGCGAAAGAGAAGUGGGGAAUCCUCAUUAUUGUUCACUUGCUUCCUGAUUUCUAUUUAUUAGCUCUUGUGUCUUCAUUAUGGCAGAGUAUAAGCAUGUUCCAGGUUCUGUAGGCGAAGACCCAGCCUUUCAGCUCUCGGGAUUGGGCUCCAAGAUGCCAUGAGCUAAAUUAGCCUCCGGUGUGGAGCUCCACAAAUGGGGCUGGAGCGCAUCAGGGGCUGAAUAGCAUCCAUGAGCUCAGUGGGUUUGGGGUGCAGGCGGCGUCCUUGUCAUGAGGACUAGAAUCACACCAGGCAAAAUGAUGACUGCCACAAUGAAUAGCUCUUUUUAUCCAGGCAUCGCAACGGAGCCCAUAUUAGCUAUCAAAUGCAACCACCUCUGGGGUGGAAGGUGG